AUGAUAACGUCAAAUGCUGAAAUAUUGAGACAGUGUUUAAGUGUCAAGAUGCCUUUGAUAUUUCAGAGCUCUAUCCAAAAGCCGUGCGAUAUCAACGAUGAAGAGAUCCUGGACCUUCAAUUCCAAAUGAAGCUCGGGAAAGCGGCUCGAAGACCUUUCAUUCUAAACUGGAAGGGCGAGUACCUCAACGACUUCACAAGUGUUGUUCACCGCAUUCCAGUCACAUGUUCAUUCGUGCCUGUCUUGGAUUCUUUUCAGAAUAGAGUGAACAGAGACAAGCUUGCAACAGCAACACAAUGCGAAGAGUUGAAUGAGAAGUAUCGCCGUACACUUCAGGCGGCGCUCCAACCAGAAACUUUGCAAGGCGGCGAAGCAGAGCAAUGA